UCACAGGAGGAGCAGAAGCAAACUCCACUAUUUACAGAUUCUUAACUCAAGAAAAGUGCCUCCAUCAUUUUCUGCCUGGAGGACAGAUUCAGAGAGGGAGCCCAGAGGACAGUUCAAGACAGGCAUUUCCCGUGAUCAAGUGGAUAAGAGCAGCCUGCAGCCAUGGGACAGGCCCUGGGAAUCAAGAGCUGUGACUUUCAGGCAGCAAGAAACAAUGAGGAACACCAUACCAAGGCCAUUAGCUCCCAGCGCCUCAUCGUGAGAAGAGGGCAGCCCUUCGCCAUCAGCAUGCAGUUCCGGGCUCCAGUCCACAAAUUUCUGAAGAAGGUGGUCCUCAUCGCACAAACUGGAGAGCAGCCUUCCAAGGCCAAGGGGACCCAAGCCACACUCCCGAUUUCCAGGCCGGGGGACCCGAAGGGGUGGAAUGCAGAGGUGGAGAAGAGAGAUGCCCAGUCCUGGAUCAUCUCUGUGACCACGCCCGCAGACGCUGUCAUUGGCCAAUACUGGCUCCUGCUGCAGGUCUCAGGCAGGAAGCAACACCUCCUGGGCCAGUUCACACUGCUCUUUAACCCCUGGGCUCGAGAGGAUGCUGUGUUCCUGGAGAAUGAAGCUGAACGCGAGGAGUACUUGUUGAACCAGAAUGGCCUCAUCUACCUGGGCACGGCUGACUGCAUCCAGGAAGAGUCCUGGGACUUUGGCCAGUUCGAGGGGGAUAUCUUCGACCUCAGCCUGGCCUUACUGAGCGAGGACAAGCAGGUGGAGCAGUGGGGCAACCCUGUGCGUGUGGCCUGCAUUUUGGGCGCCUUGCUGCAUGCUCAUAAGGAGAAGAGUGUCCUGCCCAUCCCGCAAACCAAAGACGCCCAGGAAGAGGCCUUGCUGAACAAGCGCCGGGGCAGCGUGCCUAUCCUGCGGCAGUGGCUCACAGGCCAAGGGCGACCUGUGUAUAGUGGUCAGGCCUGGGUGUUGGCCGCUGUUGCUUGCACAGUGCUGCGAUGCCUGGGAAUCCCUGCCCGCGUUGUUACAACUUUCAACUCAGCCCAGGGCACCGGCGGGGGCCUGCUUGUAGACGAGUACUACAAUGAGGAGGGGCUUCAGAACCGAGAAGGCCAGAGAGGCAGAAUCUGGAUCUUCCAGACUUCCACAGAGUGCUGGAUGACCCGGCCUGCUUUGGACCGGGGUUAUGGUGGAUGGCAGAUUCUGUAUCCAAGAGCUCCUAAUGGAGGCAGAGUCCUGGAGGCCUGUGAUCUGGUCCCAGUCAGAGCGGUCAAGGAGGGGAAACUGGAGCUGACCCCUGCAGUAUCAGACCUUUUUGCCAUGGUAAAUGCCUCGUGUGUGGUCUGGAAGUGCCGUGAGGAAGGCACACCGGAGCUGACCAACUUCAACACUAAGUAUGUUGGGAACAACAUCAGCACCAAGGGUGUGGGCGUUGACCGCUGUGAGGACAUCACUCAGAACUACAAGUAUCCUGAAGGGUCUCUUCAAGAAAAAGAGGUGCUGGAGAGAGUCCAGAAAGAGAGAAUGAAACAUGAGAAAGACAAUGGCAUCCGUCCUCCCAGUCUCGAGUCUGCCGAGCCUUUGUACCUGUUCUUGGAAGCGCCCAGCUCCCUACCCCUGGGAGGGGAUGCCCAGUUCUCUGUUACCCUGCAUAACCUCAGUGACCAGGAGAAGAAUGUGCAGCUGUCCCUUGGGGUGCAGGCGGUGUACUACAACGGCAUCCUUGUUGCCGAGCUCUGGAGGGAGAAGCAGCUCCUUACGCUCACUGCCAACCUGGUUCAGAAAAUCACCAACAGCCUGUCCUUUUCCUGCUUUGAGCGAAGCCCACCGGAGAACAGCUUUCUCAGACUCACUGCCAUGGUAACACACUCUGAGUCCAGCCUUAGCUGCUUUGCUCAGGAAGACAUUGCCAUUUGGAGACCACGCCUUGCCAUCGAGAUGCCAAAGAUAGCAGAGCAAUACCAACCUCUUACGGCCUUGGUCAGUAUCCAUAACUCCCUACAUGAUCCCAUGGAGGACUGUGUGAUCUCCAUCUUUGGAAGGGGGCUCAUUCACAGAGAGAGGAGCUACAGAUUACAUUCAGUGUGGCCUAGAAAAACCUUGCGCACCCAAUUCCAGUUCACGCCGACGCAGGUGGGACUCCAGAUGCUCACUGUGGAAAUGGACUGCAAUAUGUUCCAGAACCUGACCAACUACAGAAGUGUCACUGUCGUAGCCCCUGAACUUCCAGCUUAUACUUCCAGCUCUAGUGUCACUCUCCCCAACCACCCCUUUGAAUCUACAAUCUAAAACCAAACACGCUGGGAAGGGAAACUUUGCUUAUCAGACAAACGAAUCUCCACUGAGGUUGAGCAGAAGACUGACCAAGAACAAAACUAGAUCUCCAUAAAUCAAUUGAAAAGACAUUCAUUUCUGUCACCCCAGCUUAAGGGAGCCGUGAAGACUAGCUGUCUUAGAUUGGAAACUACUGUGCUUGAGAGAUAAAAGGAAGCCUUUGAAAAGGUACUCAGAUAACUACAUUCAGAUUUUUUGGGUUCACGGUUUUUCAUAACCAUUUUACUGCUCACUAAUAUAUUAAUUAACUUACAGGUCAGGAAAAGAAUUUAACAUUUAAAGCAUUCUUAUAUUUCUGAUAAAGUGGGACAAUAUUAGCUAAAAAUAGAAUUUUCAAGUAAUCCUAAGAUUACACUGAUUGGUGCUAUCCCUGACCUGACCAUUAUCCUUAAAGAUCCAAAGAUGACUGAACAAAGUUAUAAAAUAAACAACAAAGAACCUGAGAGCAGAAUGAUCUUCCAGAUUCAACUACAGAUAAGUCUUUACUAGAGUUCUAUAUUCAUUAGGUAUCCCACAAUUAAAGUCUGAUGUUAAUAACAUGAAUUUGGUCCAGCAGAGAAAUAUGAACAUUAUUAAAUAUUUUGAAAAUAG